AUGCGAAAUGCGGGAUCCGGAUCCAUUGCGUACAACUCCCGGCCAUCCCUUUUACAUCGCUCUCUUCGCGAGAAGCCUCUGCUGGCAAGGUCCGCCUCGGGCCAUAAAAUCAUUCUAGAAGACGGAUCAGAGAUCCUUGAUGCAUGCGGAGGUGCUGCGGUCGCAAUCAUCGGCCAUGGAAACCAAGAGGUCAUUUCCGCCAUCGCAGAGCAGGCGCAGUCGAUUUCGUACGUCCACACAGGAACAUACACGACCUCGGCUGCAGAGCAGCUAGCGGACUUAUUGGUGGGACACAAACCCUAUGGAUUGAGUAAAGCAUUUUUCGUGGGGAGUGGUAGCGAGGCAGUUGACGGCGCCAUGAAGCUAGCACGGCAGUAUUUCUACGAGAGGGGAGAAGUGCAGCGGAAGCAUUUCAUCUCCAGAAGGCAAGGCUACCAUGGGAACACCUUCGGUAGCAUGUCCAUAUCAAGCAACCUGUCUCGCCUGGAACCAUACCGUGACAUCCUGCUUCCAUACGUUAGCCAUGUGAGUCCGUGCUACCAGUAUCAGUACCAAACGAGUGACGAGACUACCGAUGGCUAUGUUGCUCGCCUGGCGAUGGAGUUAGACGCAGAAUUUCAGAGAGUUGGAUCAGAUAGCGUUAUCGCGUUUGUGGCGGAGACGGUGGUGGGCGCAACGAGCGGGUGUGUUCCUCCUGUACCUGGAUAUCUGGCGGCAAUGCAAGCUGUUUGCAAGAAGCAUGGGGCGCUACUUGUUCUCGACGAAAUCAUGUGCGGAAUGGGGCGUACUGGGACAUUGUUUGCUUGGGAACAGGAGAAAAAUGCAGCUGGGGAACCCGUUGUUCCUGAUAUUAUGACUAUUGGCAAGGGUUUAGGUGGUGGAUAUGUCCCCAUCUCAGGAUUACUCAUCCACGAGAAAGUAGUUACUGUACUGGAGGAAGGCUCUGGCUCUUUCAACCACGGCCAUACAUUCCAGGCACAUCCCAUCAGUUGCGCAGCAGCUCUUGCUGUGCAAAAAGUCGUCCAGCGACAGAAACUCGUCGAGCACUGCGCCCGGAUGGGGAAUGUUCUUGGAGGUUACCUGUGGGAAUACCUGGGGAACGAGGACUAUGUGGGUGAUAUUCGUGGGCGGGGGCUGUUUUAUGCCGUUGAGUUCGUGCAAGACAAAAUCGAGAAGAAGUCUUUCGACCCGAAGGUCCAAUUUGGACUGGUAGUGCAGAAGCAGGCGCACAAGCUUGGUGUUGCUAUCUAUCCUGGUAUGGGAACGGUAGAUGGAAGCAAAGGUGAUCACAUUCUUAUUGCGCCUCCAUUCACAGUGCAAGAGAAAGAGAUUCGGGAGAUCGUUUUGGCCGUGACCAAAGCGUAUAGGAUUGCAGUAGCGUUGGUAAGAGGUGCUUUGUGA